ACAGCAAAGCACCUUGAGCUUAGCCAAGCAGCCUCCAUCACUUUCCAUCCACAGCAACCCACGACCACGAUACCACAACACUCAACCCUGACACGCCGCGAUCACUGAGGACACAGCUCAGGCUCGCAUAGUAGUUUACUUUUCUGUCUUUUUUCCCUGCCAAUCUGUUCAGUGGACUCUACCAGGCGCCUAGGCCUACGACAUCAACAUGGCUCAAGACAGCGAGGUGCCCAAGGCGGCCGACAAGGGCAAGGGCAAGGCCGUCGACGAUGCGAAGAAAGACAAGCAGCAGGCAAAUGGAAAGAAAGAGGACGAGAAGAUUGAGACUGCUGAGGAGGAGCUCAACGAGGAGGACCAACAACUGAAGAAUGAGCUUGAAUUACUGGUCGAGCGCUUGACCGAGCCAAACACGGAGCUCUACAAGCCCGCCCUUGAAGCUAUGAAGAACCUGAUAAAGACGUCGACGUCAUCCAUGACAGCAGUUCCAAAGCCCCUCAAAUUCCUACGACCACAUUACGAGUCCUUGACGAAACUUUUCGAGCAGUGGCCCGAGGGCGAAGACAGGACCUCGUUGGCGGAUGUUCUCUCCGUCAUCGGUAUGACGUUUUCAGAUGAAGACCGACAAGACACACUGUUUUACAGACUUCAAGCGCCUUCAUCUGAUAUCAGCUCGUGGGGCCACGAGUAUACCAGACAUCUCGCGCUUGAGAUCGGAGAAGUGUAUGGAAAGCGAAUCGCAAAUGACGAGUCCACCAAGGACCUGAUCGAUCUGGCACUUGUUUUGAUCCCCCUCUUCCUCAAGAGCAACGCCGAGGCCGAUGCAGUGGAUCUUAUGAGCGAACUUGAAAUUAUUGAGGAAAUGCCCAAGUUCGUGGACGAAAACACAUACGCUCGUGUAUGCUUGUACAUGUCUUCGAUGGUUAACCUCCUUACCUACCCCGACAAUGAGACUUUUCUCAAGACCGCACACGACAUCUACAUGGAAUACAAGCAGUUUGCGCAGGCCAUGGUCCUUGCAAUUCGACUUCACGAUUACGAACUCAUCAAGUCCGAUUUCGACAAGGCUGAAGACCCUGCCCUUCAGAAGCAGCUCGCGUUUCUGACUGCCCGGCAAAGGAUAGCCCUUGAUGUUGAUGACCAGUCAGAAGAGAACACUGCCCUUGUGGAGUCCCUCGGCAACCUGAAGCUGUCGGAACAUUUCAAGUCGCUGGGCAAGGAGCUCAACAUCCUGGAGCCAAAGACUACCGAGGAUAUCUACAAGAGCCAUCUGGAGAGCAGUCGAGUUGCAGGAAUGACCAACCUGGACUCUGCUCGGCAUAACCUUGCAGCGGCAUUCGUCAAUGCUUUUGUGAAUGCUGGUUUCGGUAACGAUAAGAUGAUGCUCGUGGACGGUGAGAAGGAGACAUGGGUCUGGAAGACCAAAGCCGAUGGCAUGAUGUCCACCGUCGCCUCCAUGGGCACUCUUUUGAUGUGGGAUAUCGAGAAUGGGCUUGACAAGAUCGAUAAGUAUACGUACUCUUCAGAGACAGAGAUUUCGGCUGGCGCAAUGCUUGCUAUUGGAAUUAUGAAUUCGGGCGUAGUAAUGGAUUCGGAUCCAGCCAUUGCCCUGUUGGCUGAUGGGGACAAGCUUUACCAUCCCAACCCCCUUGUCAGGACUGCCUGCAUCAUGGGUCUUGGACUUGCUUAUGCCGGAUCUAACAAGGAGGACGUUCUCGAGCACUUGCUACCUAUGAUCUCUGAUGCUAGUGUUGAUAUGCAGAUUUCGGCAAUGGCUGCUUUAUCCUGCGGUCUUAUCUUCACUGGGUCUUCUCACCCGGAAAUCAGCGAGGCCAUUGUCACUACUCUAAUGGACGACGAUCGCAAAAACCAACUGACUGACAAGUGGACACGAUUCUUGGCUCUUGGUUUAGGUCUUCUCUUCUUUGGCCGACAAGAAGAAGUUGAUGUUAUCCUCGAAACCCUGAAGGCUAUCGAGCAUCCUAUGGCCAAGUCGACCGCUGUCAUGGCUGAGAUUUGCGCGUGGGCCGGAACUGGUGCUGUCCUUAAGAUCCAGGAGCUUCUCCAUAUCUGCAAUGAGCAUCAAGAAGAGUCUGAAGAGAAGAGGGGCGACGAACUUCUACAGGCAUACGCGGUGAUUGGUAUUGCACUUGUGGCUAUGGGUGAAGACAUUGGCCAAGAAAUGGUCCUGCGACAGUUCGGUCAUCUCAUGCACUACGGCGAGGCCAACAUUCGAAAAGCUGUGCCCCUUGCCAUGGGUCUCAUUAGCCCCAGCAACCCUCAAAUGAAGGUGUAUGAUACCCUCUCAAGAUACAGCCACGACAAUGAUCCUGAGGUUGCUAUCAACGCCAUCUUUGCCAUGGGUCUUCUGGGUGCAGGCACCAACAACGCCCGAUUAGCUCAGCUGCUUCGACAACUCGCCAGUUACUACCACCGUGACCAGGAUGCUCUUUUUAUGGUGCGAAUCGCCCAGGGUCUCCUCCACAUGGGUAAGGGUACUCUGUCAAUCAGUCCCUUCCACACAGAUCGUCAGGUUCUGUCCCGUGUAGCGGCCGCUGGUCUGCUUGCUACUCUUGUCGCUAUGAUUGAGCCCAAGGAGUUUAUCACCGGCCAGUCACAUUACCUCCUCUACUUCCUUGUCACGGCUAUGCACCCCCGCUUCCUUGUUACCUUGGACGAAGACCUCAAGCCUCUCAAGGUCAACGUCCGCGUGGGUCAAGCCGUCGAUGUCGUUGGCCAAGCUGGUCGUCCCAAGACAAUCACUGGUUGGCAAACUCAGAGCACACCUGUGGUGCUCGGAUAUGGUGAGCGAGCAGAGCUGGAAGAUGAGGAGUAUAUCAGCCUCAACAGCACUCUAGAAGGCUUGGUAAUUUUGCGGAAGAACCCUGAAUGGGAAGCUGAGAAAUAGACGGUUUGAACUUGUUAUUAGCAUGGUUCUGGUUUCUAAAACCAGGCAAGUUACAACGCCAGACUUAAUUACACUGUAUUCUAUGGUAAUCUGCCGUAAGCGCAGUAAAGAAGCGGGUGGGAAUAGGCAUUAUGGUAGACGGAGAAACCAAGUUUCGAGUUUUAUCUUGGUCCAAAAGCAACGUGCUAUGUCAAUUGAUGCUGAACCGAAACUGCCCAUACUGUAGCCAAAGCUGAUGCUACCUUUUGAAUCAAUGUAAACAAACCACGCCUUUGUAAUAAUGCCAAUCGUAGCCGUCCAUGCUGUCUAUCAUUGUGGCCCUCAUAAUGAGGACAAGAAUCUAUAUGCAGUAUUUUCCAAAAAGAAAUCCUUUUUUCCCUAUGUCCUCGACUUUUUACCAUGUUUUGGGCCCGAAGCGCUCACCUUCCGGGAGGGUAUUAUAUGAGCAUGCUUGCCAGUCACAACCCUGCUUGUACACUUCAGUGCCCCACCACUUGAGAUUCUUUGCAAGUCCAGGGUAGAUGAAGCCGAAAAAGACAACUACUAUACCAAAGGCAAGCCCAGAAUCGAGGGCGGCGCUCAAGGUCAUGGUGUACUUGCUCCACCAGGCAUUGUGGCGGUUCUUGAUAAGAUAGUUGAAGACGUAGCAUACAAGUACCCAGACGGAGAAGUUGAGGCCUGUUGCAGGAGGUAUCCAGGACAUGGCGCCGAAGAUAACAGGAAGGUUGACCUUGCGGAGAAUACUGGAGCGGUGACGUCGACAGUAAAGCCACAGGGGAAUGGGGAGGAGAGCGCCAAGGGGGAAGAACCAGACCAGGGAACGAUAUAUGGCCUUCGGACCAAAGAAUUCGUUAGGUCCGACAACACCCCACAGAAUGGAGCCAUUGAAGUGGACUCUUGCAAUGGGACAGGUGAAUCCAUUGAGAGCUUCUGAAGUGCAAAUGCCUUUGAUGUUUGCGAACAUCCAGUUGAGCACUCCAAUCUGAGUUAGCGACGAGACAAGUGUCGCGACGAUCUGAACAAGGAAGAGGAUGCGAGGAGGAAUCUUCAUGUAGUGGCCGAGUUUAAGAUCAGAAGCGAAUUUGAUGCCUUGCGCUGAUGAGAUGUAGCCGUAUGUAACGAAAACCAUAUUUGCGAUGGGGCGACCAGGGAACACAACACCGCAGAUGAGUUGACAGAUGAGAUAGAUGCUGCUAUGUUGGUUUGUGACAGCCAUAAUGAUGCCAUUGGGGAUGAAAAACAGGGCUCCGAGACCAAGUGCGAGAAGUAGGCCAUACCAGGGCAAAUGGACAGGAUAGCUAGACCAGUUAGCAAGGGAAGACAUCUGAAAAAGCUUGAGCGCAGACUUACUAUUCGACAACAAAGAUGCCAAUGGCAGUCAUGGAGAGAAACGUGAUUAGAUACCAACUCAGGGGGGCGUCCUUGUAUCUCUUCAUGAGUUUGCUGUGGAUAUCUUCGCGGCUAAUAAUUCCAUCUACAUGAGAAGUGGAUGUUGACAUGCGCCUCUGGUCCUCGUCGAACGAUUGUCGUGGUAAAGGCCCAGGAGAAUCCGCUACCGGUUCAUACUUCGGCUGCCCAUCCUCGCGAGCCUCCUCAAGUGCUCGUUUCCAGGACCUCCAUAUAUCCUGACCAUGCCAACAGGCAGUAUGCGUUAGAAGAGCAGCCAGACCAGCGAAUUGAACACCAUAACUCAACACGUAUGUGAUUGGCAAGAACACUCUGCUGUAGCUCUGAUAGGCCUCUCGGUCAAAGAGAAAAUCAGGUGUGAGAAUCUUGCUGACAUCGUAGACCUUGCCCGUGUUGUCGAAAACAGCAGCUGAAAGAAUUGGCAUGUAUGAUGAGAAGAGAACGUUGGUGUAGUAGAGAAUAGGUGCAAUAAUCCACAUUACCACAGCUAAACCUCCGAUAACAUUCAUAGCAGCCCAGAAUGGGACAAGUAAAGGUGAGCCAACGUAGGUGACUUGCGCCCAGUCAAAGGUCAGGGGAAAGAGCCCAAGACCGGAGGAGACGCCGAACAGGUUUGCAAUAACGACAUUUUUGGGCGCAAACCAGGUAAUGACGUUGAAAUAGCUAAGUGCUGGCAUAAGUAGUCCGGGGAGAAAAUAGAAGAGGAAGGAUAUAGUCCAGACGAUGUAGAAGAAUUUCCACCUGCUAAUGGUCCAGCCCCCGGCAGGUUUGUUCUCCUGUUUGUGAAGCGUCGAGAACAUGGCUGCCGACAUAAGAGUCCCCGGCCAGAUCAUUCCACUGGGUCGAACAAGGAAGCGGCGUGUUAGACCUGCAAAGCCAUAACCGAGAAUCUGGGUGGAUAUAGUGAGAAGAAGCUGGUACACGAUAGGGGCUUCCUGGUUGUAGAACUGAGUCUGCUCAACAAUAACAUCUGUCGCAAAGGCGAAGCCAAAUGCGACAUUGCUGCUGACAUAGACGCAAGUAUGUUCUUUUUCGUUCCAACGACCUUGCGCUAACCAUCUCCUCCAACGCGUGCGUCUCUUGAUCUUAUGCGACCCAUGCGCAUCGUCACUGACAGAAGUCGUCCGUACACCAUCGAUAAACUCCUCCUCGGGGUCAUAAGGUCGCUUUAGCACAAAAUCCCACAAAUGUCCAAGAGGAUGGACGAGCAAUAAGGCAAUAACUGGAGUAAUGGCAACACUAGGGUAUCUUAAAGAGAAGAACAGAUUGGUCGAAGAGCCUAGAACGGCGAAAAUGACAGAGAGACACCACAUGCGUGGCGUAUUUAUGGAGAGAGUGGUAUUGUCUGUAGGCGGAACGGACGCGCGAACAGCCUCGUGAGGUGAGUUUUCUUGAUGUUCAGAAUCUGAUGCGGCCGAAGAAGCGUCAUCCAGCAGUGCCCCAUCUUCGGACAAGUCGUCCUUCAUGCUACCCUCGAGAACACCAGUAUGCGUAGGUUCGGUAAUGCCCAGGCGGCCUUCGAGACCCGAGACUAGGACGGCGCCAUCGAUCUCUUCGGAUAACCUCGAGGAGGAUUUCUUGCCAAGGAUGGAGCGGUGCGAGGUCUCGCUGCGCUGCGCAUCCGGAACGUGACGAAGCUGGUGGGAAUCGGGAUCCCAGCGAUCACUACCAGCGGGUGAAUUAUUGCGACUGGGUGUUAGUGAGACCGAACCGUAGGGAGCAGCGUCGGAGCGAGCGGCGGCGGAGCGCAAGAAGGGUGUCUUCUUGGAAGCCAUGUCUAUAGUGUCGUCUAUGGGUUGAGGAAUGGCAUCUAGACUAUCGUCGGAAUCGAUAUGAUCAGGAGGCUGCGCCGCAUCUUGAUUAUCAACGAGAACCGAUGGAGGAGCAGCUGAGGUUGGAGCUGAAGCGUGCGUAGAAGUAGAUGCAGAUGCAGGUGUAGAUGCAAAUGCAGCUGGGGUAGCAGCGGUAGUUAAUGAUGGAGGAGGUAUAUGAGAGGCCGGAGCCUGAUACGGCAAGACAUGGCCCUUGGCUUGGACUGGGUGUGAGGGUGAGACAGUCACGGUGGACCUGGCAGAGGAUGAGGAUGCAGACGUGGAUGCGGAUGUUAGGGGCUGAAGGGCGACGUCCUGGCGGAGUGGAGGGGAAUCACCAGCAACCCUGUCUCCAACCCUCUCUGCCAGGGACGAAGACGCUGAAGAUUGGCGGCUUAGGCUUCGUUUGCUGGAAGAGAUGGAGGCCGAGGAUGAGUUGGUGGUGUGUUUACCCAUGGCGGGGGCGUGUAUCGUGUAUCAAUAUCUGGCUACCUUACCUAUGGAUAUGAUAUCCACACUAUCGUUGACUAACAAGCCAAGCCAGCAUGAACGAAAUAGCGGCUUAGGAGGGGCGUGAUCGAAUGGGCUCCAGCUCUCAUCGACCUGGCGUGUGGCAUUGCCUUGUAAUGGUAUGGAGCAGCAUCAAAAGGGCCCUGAUACCAUAAGAGAAUGUGGUUAGAGGGGCCGUCCGCUAGCAAAGUGCCUCAGAAGGAUCCAAUUGUCAACAGGUGGAUGUCAUUAAUGACAAAAAAGUAUAUACAAAGGCAGUGAUAGGUAGAGAGACA